AUGGCUGAACGAUCGUUUAGUUCUCGACCAACUACAUCGAGUUCUUUUAACAAGGAAGUUCCUUCAUUGUCCAAUUCAGAUGAUAUGUUGUCUCAGUUCACAUUGCCAAACUAUGUGGAACUUCCGAAUUCGUUUCAAAGUGUGGAUCCGGAAAACCUUCCAAAAAAAGUUCGAGGAGAUAUGGAUUUGACUGGAAAGCAAUUGAUGCCAUUUCUGUUCAAAGCAGCAGAUAAGCUGAAUGCAAUGAAAGAUAAACAGAUGUAUCUGUCACGAGCACUGUCCAGAAAUUUGAAUACGCGUCAUUGGAAUCGCCGUAUUUGGGAAGUCGGAUAUAGAGGCCCAAUUCUUCCGCAACAGAAAGCAACAGGUCGUCCCGAUUAUCCUGUUUCUGCAAACCGUGUCAAUAUUCUACGAGAACGACUCGCCAGGGAGCAAGUCGUUAUGAAUUUGCUCACUCGUCCCUAUUCUUCAGCUGAAGCUGAAAAGACAUAUUUGGAGACUCAAAAGAACGUUGCAUCUUUGGAGGAGUUACGGGCCAAAGAGUUCGAGAAUCUGGAAGCACAACGAAUGCCAGGAAAACCAAAGAAUACGGAAGGAUCAAAAGCAACAAUUAGAAAGAGAGCUAACGUUGGAAAUCUUCUACAUAGACACACGACAGUUGAAGACUCACUAGCAGCAUUGGCAGAGAGAAAAAGAUGGGACUAG